AUGCCGAGGGAAGUUGCUGACAAAGCUGAGAUGACGGGAGUAACACCUCAACGCCAAGGUAAUUUGCAAUACUCCGAAGAGCUCAUACCGAAGUUCACCGGCACCGAUAAUUGCUACCCGGUAAAAGACAAUCAUCAUAACACGAGCUUCGGGAAGGAUCGGUCGAGUCAUCGCCGGUACGAAAAUACACGAGAGCGAUCGACCAAUGAGGAGCGACAAGCGCGGGAGGGCCAAUCACAAAAUAGCAGAACGACCGGCCAGGCGAAAGCUAUGUUCGCUUCAAACAACUUCACACCGGAGCGGGUUGAGCGGUUUGACCGACAAACUGACAGCGCGGACGUGACGAAACAUACAGUGACAGAUGGCCCAAAUGAGAGUAACAUGACACUGACAGCCGAUGUUAUGUUGACCGAAAGAUUGGCGGAGAGAUAUGUCGACGCGAAUUCAGAACAAACUGGAACU